AUUAGCCCACAGUCGUUUGGUUGGGGUUGUCUUUGUUUACUGGUGAGAGAGGAGAGACUGAACUGAUGCUUCGUCGAACACUCACCCGAUCAUCAGAGCUGAUGGUAAACAUAAAAAAUGGGUAGGGUUGAACCUAAGCGGACGAUCUCCGAGGCUCACUGUUGGACCAUCGACUCAUCUAUCUAGACGGCUGGUCUGGACAGGACCAGAAAAAGAUGCCCAAAAGACAUCGGCGUUGGACCUUGAUGGACAGAACCCAAUUAAACAGUCAAUAACCAUCGGACAGAGUCUGCCAUAGGAAUAAAUCGAGGACCCAGGAACACGAACACACACACACACACACCAUCAUUCCUGAUGGCGCUUGAGAACUCUGUUUUCACCUUGAGGCCAGAGUCCCUCUCUCUCCCCGUGGUGGAGAAAGGGAAGGUGCUGGUGGAAGAGGCUACCGAGGUGAUGGUGUCCACCGGAGUGUUUCAUGUGUCCGAGGAACUGGGCCAUGUGGUUACGACAGAUACCGCCCAGCCCUCCGCUAACAGAUCGUGGAAGUCCAAGCUGGCAGAGAGGCAGGCAAAUGCAGCAUCUGAUGAGUAUGUUAAGAAGCUGCCUCGGGUGAUGGAGAAGGAGAGGGGCAGAUUUGGCUGGGCUAAGAGACGUAAGAGGCAGCGCUAUGUGGAGAAGAAUGGCAGAUGUAACGUGUCGCAUGGCAACAUGAGGGAAACGUACCGUUAUCUGACAGAUAUCUUCACCACCCUGGUGGACCUCAACUGGCGCUGCUCUCUCUUCGUCUUCGUUAUGGCCUACGCCAUCACCUGGCUCUUCUUUGGAGCCAUCUGGUACCUGAUAGCGUACCUCAGAGGGGAUCUAGAUCAUCUGGAGGAUGAGACAUGGACACCGUGCGUCAACAACGUGAACGGAUUCAUCUCGGCCUUCCUCUUCUCCAUUGAGACAGAGACCACCAUCGGUUACGGCUACCGUGUCAUCACUGACCAGUGUCCAGUGGGCACCAUGCUGCUCCUGCUCCAGGCCAUACUGGGAUCUAUGGUCAACGCCUUCAUGGUGGGCUGUAUGUUUGUGAAGAUCUCUCAGCCCAAUAAGCGUGCGGAGACCCUGGUUUUUUCUAAGAAUGCAGUGAUCUCUCUGAGAGAUGACAAACUGUGUCUGAUGUUCCGGGUGGGGGACCUGCGCAGCUCCCACAUUGUUGGGGCCAACAUGAGGGCCAAACUCAUCAAGUCUAAACAGACUCAGGAAGGUGAGUUUAUCCCUCUGGACCAGACAGACAUCAGUGUGGGUUUUGAGACAGGGGACGACCGCCUGUUCCUGGUGUCUCCACUGGUCAUCUCCCAUGAGAUUGACCACCACUCGCCCUUCUGGGACAUGUCUCAAGGCCAGCUGGAGAAAGACGACUUCGAAAUGGUCGUCAUCCUGGAGGGAAUGGUGGAGGCCACAGGUAUGACGUGCCAGGCGCGGAGCUCUUACCUGGCAGAUGAGGUCCAGUGGGGUCACAGGUUCAGCCCUAUGAUGUCACUGGCCGACGGGUUCUUUGACAUCGACUAUGGCGCCUUCCAUCAAACCUUUGAGGUGGACACUCCCUCCUGCUCAGCGCACGAACUCUCAUUGACGGCGGCCCGAUUGGAGGCUCAUCUGUAUUGGUCAAUCUCCAGUAAACUGGAUGAAGAGAAAUGGGAGGGAUCUUCUCUGACCAACCAAUCAGGAAAGCAGCUAGACAAUGGGAAAGGAGGGGUCGUUGAUCACUAGAAUACAAGAGCAGUCAGGACCAGGAGGGUUGAAUGGUUGUCACCACCGACCAGUCAGAAUCAGAGGCCUAAAGUAGAUCUGAUAGAGUUCCAAAAUGGCACCCUAUCCCCUAUACAGUGCACUACUUUUGACCAAAGCCCUGUACUAUAUAGGGAAUAGGCUGCCAUUUGGGACAUACUUUCAAUCAAUGUCAUGACAGGAGGACCCACAACUACAGUACUGUAAAUUACUUUUAGCUAAUGUAUAGUAUACAGCCAUAGAACAUUUGUUCCCAAGGGAGAGAUGGGUGGUUUAAAAAGGCUCAUUGCUACUUCAUUGCUUUGUUUAAUAACACUGACUAGAAAUGACAAAUUAUAUCAAUUACAUUUUCUCUUUAUGAUAUUUCAUUCUUACCACGAGCGUCUGUGCUAUACUAGAAUUAUAUUCUAUCUUCUAUUGUUAUUGCUCUAAUCACCUCUGGCAACAUACAUGAUAUUAAUUAAUACACUGUUAUUUCAAAGAAUGAAGUAUUGACAAUUCUUAGUCAGGAAAGAGGAUGUUCAGCCAGGUAAGAUACUGAAAUGUUCAGAGACAUAGAAAGAGCAGCUUGUUUUGGAACACUCUGGAACGUUCAGAGACAGAAAGAGAAGCAUGUCAUGUAUUGGCUGAAUGGGAGAGUCAAUGUUUAAAAAGGAAAUCUGUAUUACAGAUAAUGGGAUAGAGUGUGAUAGAAGAGACCAUGUAUGUUUUUCACUUUAAUGUGUAUAGAGGAUAUAAAGGAAUAGAUUGAAAUGGUAUCUCUAAAUCUUUAUCUAAAAAACAAAACAAGGAUUGUUUUAAAAUAUAUAUAGAAGUGUACAUUAAGAAUGGAUGACAUUAAAACAACCUCUGUUUUGUGACUCAUUUAGAUGUAAAAUCAUUUCUGUGUUCACUUAAAAUGUUCACAUCACAAGUACUGUAGCUUAUCACUGACCCCAUCCCAAUAGGGUGAGUAGUGGAAGUAUUCAUCCAACAAGCUUUGAGAUAAAACCAAGCAUUUGCUCUCUUGGGAAUGUUUCAGUGCGCUUUCACAUAGAAUAUAAGUAGCACAAUGAAAUAUCUUCUUUCGAUAGCCUCAUAGGAUGUAAACACACCAAUGUCCUGCUCAGCUCAGCCCAACCUCCUGCUUCUGCUGCUGUGUACAUAUGUGAGUGUUUUUAAUAUUGAAUUCUAUAAGAAUUAAUAAACUGUA